AUGUUCCGACGCGACUGGUUUUUGUACAUUUGCGGGUACUUUAUGUUAGUGACGUGUCAAACACCGUCUAAAACUGUGACAAUAGAUCAAGGCCCAGUUAAAGGUUAUAGGUCACCUAAAGGAGACGUCUUUGUAUUUUACGGAAUACCAUAUGCUACAGCACCGACGGGAACUCAAAAGUUUAGGCCACCGUUACCUCCACCAUCUUGGACAGAUACAUUGGAAGCAGUUGAGAACAACAUAAUAUGCCCUCAAAAUCUUGGAUUGAGAAAUGUCAUAGGAGAUUUUAAAAUGCAAGAAGACUGUCUGAUCGCAAAUGUAUACGUACCAGACACUGAAGAAAGAAACCUCCCAGUGGUUGUGUAUGUUCAUGGAGGAGCAUAUCAGUUUGGAUAUGGUGCCGACGUAUCACCAAUAAAUAUGGUCAAUAGCAAGAAAAUUGUAGCUGUGAACUUUAAUUAUCGUGUUGGAGCUCAUGGAUUACUGUGUCUUGGUACGAAAAACGUGCCGGGCAAUGCUGGCAUGAAAGACCAAGUGGCAUUACUCAGAUGGGUUCAAAAUAAUAUAGCGCAGUUUGGGGGUAAUCCAAAUGAAGUCACUAUCAGUGGUUGUAGCGCUGGAGGUUCUUCUGUUGAUCUGUUGAUGUUGUCAAAGGCCACAAAAGGGUUAUUUAAUAGAGUUGUACCAGAAAGUGGAUCCAAUACUGCUUCGUUUAGUGUGCAAGUAGAUCCCAUUGCAAAUGCGAAAAUGAUAGCAAACGAAUUGAAUGUAAGUGUUGAUGAUUUUGAUGGCUUGGAAAAUUUCUACAAGACAGCACCAUAUGAGAUGUUGUACAAAAUAAAUGUAGGAGAACAGAAAGAUACGUCAACAGUUUUUGCUCCUUGUAUUGAACGCGAUAUUGGCGAAGAGAUGUUCCUAGACGAUCACCCAGUAAAUAUCUUAAAGAGUGGGGAAUAUCCAAAAUAUCCAAUGUUGUACGGCAUUACUGAUAUGGAAGGUCUUUACAGGGUGAAUAAUUUUGAUACUUGGAAAGAUGAAAUGAACGAAAAUUUCGCUGUAUUUCUACCAGAAGAUUUACAAUUUGAAAACGAAGAAGUAAAACAAGAAGUUGCUCAAAAAAUUAAGCAAUUUUAUUUCGGAGAAGAACCAGUAAGUGAAGCGAAUAUAUUACAAUAUGUGCAAUAUUUUACGGAUGUAAUGUUUGGAGUUGGGGCUGCAAAAAACGUUGAACUUCAAGUGGAAGCCGGGAAUAACCAAAUAUAUUUAUAUGAAUACGCGUUUGUUGAUGAUAGCGUUGAUUAUGUCCCUUACACAAAUAUCCGUGGAGCUCGCCACUGCUCACAAGGACGUGCGGUAUGGGAUGCAAAUGAUGAAAGCAAACUCUCAGAAGAAUUUAGAAAUAUGAAAUCAGUUAUGAGAGAAUUAUGGUUAAAUUUCAUUACGACAGGGUAA